AUCCCGCCCAUUUCACCUGACUCUCCGGACGCUGCCGCGUUAGUUCUCCGCACCGAGCGUCUGCCACGGUCCACGCUUCUUACUCAUCUCCAUCUUGAUCCCACCGCUGUCAUGCCACGAGGAAGCCGCAGUGCGGCUGCCAGGCCGGCCAGCCGCCCAGCCCAUCCUCCUGCGCACCCACCACCCUCAGCCCCCGCCCCCGCACCUGCCACCUCGGGACAGCCCGGUCUUAUGGCUCAGAUGGCAUCCACCGCCGCAGGCGUAGCUGUGGGCUCAGCUGUAGGGCAUGUCGUGGGUAGCGCCCUGACCAGUGCCUUCAGUGGGGGAAGCUCAGAGCCUGCCCAGCCUGCGGUCCAGCAGGCCCCUGCCCGUCCUGCCUCUCACCCCCUGCAGAUGGGGCCCUGCGCCUAUGAGAUCAAGCAGUUCCUGGACUGCUCCACCACUCAGAGCGACCUAACCCUGUGUGAGGGCUUCAGCGAGGCCCUCAAACAGUGCAAAUACAAUCACGGUCUGAGCUCCCUACCCUGAAGAGGCUGUGGGCUUGCUCGUAGCCUAACCCCUCACCGACAGUUUGAUGGCGAAGAGACGGUCCUUGUGCGUAAGGAAGGACAGUUCUCACCCCGCAGAAUAACAGGGGACAGAAAUGUUCAAUUAAAAAGAGUUUACUUUAGACCACA